AUGCCUUCAAACCUAAAUCCCAGUUGUUUUAUUUUUAACCCUUGGAUACUCGCUGCCAUGGGAACUUUCAGCCCCUCGAAAAAAGAAAGCAAGAAAGAAAACGAAAGAAAGAAGAAGAAGAAGAAGAAGAAGAAUGAACGAGAUGAUGGACUCUGCAUCAACCUAUGUACGGUCUACAUGAGGGCCAAGAACCAAGCAUCUCACCUGCCUACGGACCUACGAACUGCUUCCGAUCUGUUCCUAGGGCUGUUACAACACUCGCCCAGUGCGGUCCAGCCUGGUCCAGUCCAGUCCAUCUGUCGACCAGUACAAACUACAAACAGACCAAGUGGACAGUGGGUUAAGUGGAAACGUGCCGGUGACAGGGACGGGAGGGGAGGUGAAAGAAAGGGGGUGGUGGGUGUGAAUAAGUGGGUACUAUGUACUAAGCCUGUGAGUAGUAGGGUGAAUGACAUUGUCGGUGUCGGUGACGGUGUCGUUGUCAUCGGCAUGCAAGGUCCAAAGGAAGGGCUAGACUCUCAGAUGCAAAUGCCGACCGACCAACCAACCCAACAGCACAGCAGCGCCAACAUGCCGUUUCACCCAUCCCGCAGUCUACACUCUUACUGGUAAGACUAGGAUGGAAGGGGCCGAGGGGCAGACGCACACGACACGAC